UAGCCCUCUAAAGAGAUGCAGACAGCAAGGGUUCCCAGCCGGUGAUACCCGGCGCCUGCGCACUACGACAUCACGUGCCGAAGCGUGCUCGCGGGGUCUAAAAGCGCAUGCUCCAGUCUCGUGCUCGCGGGCGCUCGGGCGCGCGUGACCAGGCUCCGAGGCUGUUGGUGUCUGAGAGUUGGUGAAGGAAAUUCGAGGUAAUUAUUUCCAGUUCCAGUGAGAGAAGGAAGCUAGUACCUGGUAUUCUUACCACAUUUCUACCUGCCAUGAUCAAGUGUUUGUCAGAUGAAGUACAAGCCAAAUUGCGAUCUGGUUUGGCCAUAAACUCCUUAGGACAGUGUGUUGAGGAACUUACCCUCAACAGUAUUGAUGCUGAAGCAAAAUGUGUGGCCAUCAGAGUGAAUAUGGAAACAUUCCAAGUUCAAGUGAUAGACAAUGGAUUUGGGAUGGGAAGUGAUGAUAUAGAUAAGGUGGGAAAUCGUUAUUUCACUAGUAAAUGCAACUCAGCACAGGACUUGGAGAACCUAAGGUUUUAUGGUUUCCGAGGAGAGGCCUUGGCAAGUAUUGCUGACAUGGCCAGUGCAGUGGAAAUUUCAUCCAAGAAAAACAGGACAAUGAAAACCUUUAAGAAAGUGUUUCAGAAUGGAAAAGCCCUAAAAGCUUGCGAAGCUGAUCUGACUCGACCAAGUGCGGGGACAACAAUAACAGUCUAUAACCUAUUUUACCAGUUGCCUGUAAGGAGGAAAAGCAUGGAUCCUAGGCUGGAGUUUGAGAAGGUUAGACAGAGGAUAGAAGCGCUCUCUCUCAUGCACCCUUCCAUUUCUUUCUCUUUGAGAAAUGAUGUUUCUGGUUCUAUGGUUCUUCAGCUUCCUAAAACCAAAGACAUAUGUUCCCGAUUUAGUCAAAUUUAUGGAUUGGGCAAGUCUCAAAAGUUAAGGGACAUAUAUUUUAAAUAUAAGGAGUUUGAGUUUAGUGGCUAUAUCAGCUCUGAAGCACACUACAGUAAGAAUAUGCAGUUUUUGUUUGUGAACAGAAGACUAGUUUUAAAGACAAAGUUGCAUAAACUCAUUGAUUUUCUAUUAAGAAAAGAAAGUAUUAUAUGCAGGCCAAAGAAUGGCUCUGCCAGUAGUAGGCAAAUGAAUUCAAGUCCUCGGCAUCGGUCUACCCCAGAACUCCAUGGGAUAUACGUAAUCAAUGUGCAGUGCCAAUUCUGUGAUUAUGAUGUGUGCCUGGAGCCAGCCAAAACUCUGAUUGAGUUUCAGAACUGGGAUACUCUCUUGGUUUGUAUUCAGGAAGGAGUGAAAACAUUUUUAAAGCAGGAAAACUUAUUUGUGGAAUUAUCAGGUGAAGAUAUUAAGGAAUUUAGUGAAGAUAGUGAUUUUCAUUUAUUUGGUGCUGCUCUUCAGAAGCAUAUAUCCACUCAUGAGAAGUGUGACCAGAGUUUCCAGGAAGCAUGUAAUAAUAUUUUGGAUUCCUAUGAAAUGUUUAAUUUGCAGUCAAAAGCUGUGAAAAGAAAAUGUGGCAUAAAAGAUACAAAUACCCAGAAUUCUAGCAAUUCAGAAGCUCUCAGAAAAAGGACAGAUGGCCCAUUUUUGUUCCCUUAUGAAUCGGAUGGCCAAGACUGUAGUAAAGUGAUAGAGUCAUCUUUACACAGUAAAGACAGUGCUUGCUUGGAAUCUAGGAUGCUGGAAGAGGAGAUAGUUGAAGCAUCACAAUCUGGAGAAAAUGAGAAACACAAAGCCUCUUGCUUAGAACAUAAGUCUUCAGAAAGUCCAUGUGGAACCAGUCCAACAAUGGUUUCAAGCCCUGUUCAGACACAUCAUCUCUUUGAGGAGAGUGAGGAAGAUCUUGAAAUACAGAAAAUAAGUACUGCUGUUAAUGUCAUGGCUGCCAACAUCCCCCAGAAUAGAGGAAUUAUAAAUCAACUAGAGAAAGCUAAAGAUGCUACUGAAGUGGGAUGCCAACCUCUGCCUUUUGUGUUGAAAGCACAUUGUACUCAGAAAGAGAAGGGAAAGAAAAAAGAGCCUAGUAAUUGUGGCAGAGUAAAUGUUUUUAGUUAUGGACAAGUUAAAUUAUGCUCCACUGGCUUUAUAACUCACAUGGUACAAAAUGAGCACACUAAAUCAACUGAAACAGAACAUCCAUUUAAAAACUAUGUUCGACCUGGUCCUGUAAGUGCCCAAGAAACAUUUGGAAAUAGAGCACACCAUGCAAUUGAGGCUCCAGACAACGAAAAUUUAACCAGCAUUUUAAAUAAAGAAUCUGCUCAGCUGCCCAACAAAAAGUUUUGCAGAAUAAAUACAAAUUAUGGGAUUGAGAACAAACCAAUAGCAACUGAUAAGAAUUUUGCUCUUUUUCAGGAAAGUGGUAAAGAAUCAUACACAGAUUUUUUUUUACCUGAUACAUACUCUUACCCAUGGUGUAGCUAUGUUUCAAAUGGUAGUAAAAAAACAGAUAAGGUGAUUGGUUCCUCCAAACACAUAGUCCACAGGAAGCUAAGCUUGAAUUCACAACUAGGAUCUUUAGAAAAGUUUAAGAGGCAAUAUGGGAAAAUUAAACAUCCUGUAGCUAGAGAAGAGGAAAAUGAUACUGAAGUCAGGACUUGUCUCAGUCCUCGAGUUGAACCUGACAUUUUACUGAAAGACAAGAGCUACUUAGAUAUGUCUGAUGUGUGUAAAAUCAAUGCUACGAAGCACGGUGAUCCAAAUGACACUUGCCAACCAGUACGUCCUAUCCUGUGCUCAGAGAUAUUUACAUUUUCUGAAGAAGAUUGUUUAGAACAACAAAUGCCUUGUUUGAGAAAAAGGCCUAUCACUCUAGCAGAGUUAGCUCACUGUAACAGAAACCCUUCAGCUGUCGAGAAGUCCCCUGAAUCCCUGGCUUCUAAAUUAUCCAGAUUGAAAGGUUCUGAAAAAGAGACUCAGACAGUGGAGAUAACAAGUCAUAUGAAUGACCUUCCAAACUCAGAUUCCAGUAGGAAAGACAGCAACCCAUGCAGUAGACUAAACUUGGAUUUUUGUGAGUUAUUUCAAAAUGAGCAUGAAAAAACAGAGAGUGAUGUGCUUCUGAUACCAGAUUCUGUCACCCAGGACAAUUCCUUCAAUAAAAACAGUGCAGUAUGUUCUGACACUAUAAUGGAUAACACCGAGAAGCCAGAAACUCCUUUGCUCUUACCCUCUAAUGAUUCUAAAAUCAGUAAAGAUUCAGGUGUUCUUAUCAGAGAUUCAGAGCAACACAUGGGAAGUCCUGACCCUCCCAGUAGAAUGGUAACGAGUAGGAUAGAUGAUACCACCGCCAGCCAAAGUGGAAUUUGUUCCCAGAGAGAGGACUCUAAAGCAAGGUCUUGUUCAGAGGAUGAAGAAUCAAAUACAUACUCUUUGGAUUGGCAGCAGCAUUUUGAUGCAACCCUGGGAAGAAUGGUUUACAUCAACAGAAUGACUGGACUUAGCACAUUCAUUACUCCUACUAAAGACGUUCAAACUGCUUGCACUAAAGACCUGACGACUGUGGCUGUGGAUGUCGUACUUGGGAAUGGGUUUCAGUACAGAUGUCAUCCUUUUAGAAGCGACCUUGUUCUUCCUUUCCUUCCAAGAGCUCGGGAAGAGAGGACGAUGCUGAGACAGAAUAACAGAGAUGCUGUGGGUGCUGCUGUUGGUAGUCAGUCACUUCAGUCUUUGUUUUCAGAAUGGGACAAUCCAGUAUUUGCCCGUUACCCAGAGGUUGCUGUUGAUGUCAGCAGUGGCCAGGCGGAGAGCUUAGCAGUGAAAAUUCACAACAUACUAUAUCCCUAUCGUUUCACCAAAGACAUGAUUCAUUCAGUGCAGGUUCUCCAGCAAGUGGAUAACAAGUUUAUUGCCUGUUUAAUGAGCACUAAGACGGAAGAGAAAGGCAAAGCAGGUGGAAACCUGCUAAUAUUGGUGGAUCAGCAUGCUGCCCAUGAACGUGUCCGUUUGGAGCAGCUUCUUACUGACUCCUAUGAGAAGCAGGCACCACAAGGCUCUGGUCGGAAAAAAUUACUAUCCUCCAUGGUAAUUCCACCACUGGAGAUCACAGUAACUGAGGAGCAGAGAAGACUUUUACGGUGUUACCACAAAAAUCUGGAUGAUCUGGGCCUUGAAUUGAUCUUUCCAGAUGCUAGUGAUUCUCUGGUCCUUGUGGGGAAGGUACCACUCUGUUUCGUAGAAAGAGAAGCCAGUGAACUUCGAAGAGGAAGAUCUACAGUGACUAAGAGUAUUGUGGAGGAAUUUAUUCGAGAACAAGUGGAGCUGCUGCAGACCACAGGAGGCAUCCAAGGGACAUUGCCACUGACUGUCCAGAAGGUAUUGGCCUCCCAAGCCUGCCAUGGAGCCAUUAAGUUUAAUGAUAGCCUGAGCCUAGAGGAGAGCUAUCGCCUUAUUGAAGCUCUGUCCUGGUGCCAGCUGCCAUUCCAGUGUGCUCAUGGGCGACCUUCCAUGCUGCCAUUAGCUGACCUAGACCACUUGGAGCAGGAAAAACAGGUUAAACCCAAUCUUGCUAAACUUGGCAAAAUGGCCCGGGCGUGGCGUCUCUUUGGACAGGCAGAAGGUUGCAAUACGAGGCAGAGCCCGUAACAAUACAUGCCUCUCUGUGAGCCACCAUGAGAACAGAAUUACUGAUCCUGUAAGGAGCCAAAGGGAAUGGCAUGCCGCUGAGCAGACUGCGUGAGCAGCAAAGAGUCAGCCCUGCCCUGAGCAGGACUGGCAGGCACAUCAGUCCUGGAGCAGAUGGUCCCUCUAUUUGAAUAGCCAGAAGCAAUUCGAACCUCAUGACACUUCAUUCCUUUAUAUCCAUGGACACAGGAGUUUACCAUAUAUCUACCUUUUGUAAAUGAAUUUAGUGAUCAAAUUUAAUGCUUCAUUUUCUGAUUAGUAGGUUGGCCUAUGUUUGAGGGGUGUCGUUAUUGUUUUUGAGCAGUUUUUUCCCCAGCCUCUCAAUUACAGUAUGCCCUGCCCCCAUACCACCCCUCCAUCUUCCCCAUUAUUUCUCUUUGCAUGGUUAGUCUUCUCACCUUGGCUCCUCUGCUUCUUUACAGGCUAAGUCACAGACUUAAGAGGGUUUCUCUAGUCUCUAGAUAAACAUUUCCUGAUGUUUUUAGUAAGACUUCGGUUACAUUAUUUUAGCGAUUGAUUAGUAAAUAUUCAUAACUGGGUGUGGUGACAUAUACUUGUAAUCCCAGCACUUGAUUGACUGAGGCAGGAGAAGUUCAAGACCAGCCUGGGUUACAUAAGCAAGACCCUGUCUUGAAAUAUAUGUGUGCGUGUGUGUGUGUGUGUGUGUGUGUGUGUGUGUGUGUGCACUAUUGAGAAAGAGAAACACAAAGAAUAGAGAAAAUUUGACAUCCCUGGUUUUUUGAUAGUUUUAUUACUUUAUAGAAACAUGGAAAUCGCCAGGCAUGAUGGUACAUGCCUUUAAUCCCAGUACUCAGGAGGCAGAGGCAGGCAGAUUACUGUGAGAUCAAGGCCAGCCUGCUCUACAUAGCAAGUUCUAGGCCAGCUGGGUUAC